CAGGACCCGCCGCCCAAUAAAAUGUCCAGCCGCAACUCAACUUGCGUGAGGCGAGGGGAAUCCGGUUAAUGCCACGUGCACGGGGACCAAUGGGAGCCUGAAAGGGAUUUUCCCCAAAUGCAGGGAGUUCUAGCUUCAAAAACCAGAGGGAAGGGAAUCCUACCUAAGAAGUGAUGAAAUGCAGAGGGAAAUUCAGCCGAUGCAAGGAACGCUAGAUGAAGUUUCCUUUCCCGUUGCGGUCUCACCCCCGCCCCACUCCGGCCGGAAGUGAGAGCCUCGAGGCGGUCCCUUCGAGCGGUUUCCGGGACGGGUGGCUGGCCUUAGUGCGCAGGCGCGCCUGCUGGCCAGGGGCCCUGGGAGUACCACGUGAUCGCGCGGAGGUCGCAACAUGGCGGCGCCCACCGCGGCGUGUGACUGACUGCGGGAGGCGGCAAGAGAAGCCCCCGGGCCGGGCGAGGCGGCGGCAUGUCGCGGCUGGUAGUGAAGAACCUGCCGAGCGGGAUGAAGGAAGAGCGCUUCCGGAAGCUCUUUGCUGCCUUUGGGACGCUGACAGAUUGCAGCUUGAAAUUCACCAAGGAUGGCAAAUUCCGCAAAUUUGGAUUUAUUGGAUUUAAAUCGGAAGAGGAGGCUAAAGCAGCACUUGCCCAUUUCAACAAAAGCUUUAUAGAUACAGCCAGAGUUGUGGUUGAGUUCUGUAAGUCUUUUGGGGACCCACUGAAAGCUAGAGCUUGGAGUAAACACUCCCCAAAACACCCGGUGUUGAAGCAAGCUCUCGAGACUGAGGGUUUAAGCCAUACGGAAGCAAAGCAAGAUAAAAAGAAAAAGAACCAAACAGGAGAGUUGAAAGAGCUGGAAAGAGAAGAGACCUUUCAAGAUUUCCUGGCGGUGCACCAGAAACGCUCCCAAGUAGCCACCUGGUCUAAUGAUACACAGACGGAGGAUCCUGAGGAGGCCAAAGCAAGGCCAGCGGAUGAUUAUCUGAACUUUGAUUCGGAUGAGUCUGAAAGCCUCAGUGAGGAGGAAGCUGAGACUGGGGCUGUGGGACGUGAUGCUGGAAUUUCCCCAGAGAAAACAAGCUCCCAGGGGAUGUCUGCAAGCAGCCAGGAGCUCUCGGACAUGGAUUACCUGAAAUCAAAAGUGGUGAAGGAUGAUGAUGAGGACUCUCCUGCAUCUGAAGAGGAGAGUGAGACUGAGGAGACCAGCAGUGGGGAGCUUGCAGAGCAAAGGGAGGAGCGGGGAAAGGCGCCAAGAGGUGUGCAGAUGGCUGGUUCUGGUCUUUCAGCAGAAGUGGAACUGGGAAAGAGGAUCAAGGGUCAGAAGAGGGCAGCGGAAGAGAAGAAACUUGAGCCUCUAUCCCAGGUCCAGACUCCUGCCACUGCCAGCCAACCUACCACACCGUACACUGUGAAGCUCCGGGGCGCCCCGUUCAACGUCACAGAGCAAAACGUGAGGGAGUUCCUUGUGCCUCUUCGGCCGGUGGCAAUCAGGAUUGCAAGAAAUGCCCACGGAAACAAGACGGGUUAUGUCUUUGUUGAUUUUGACAGCGAGGAAGAGGUGCAGAGAGCCUUGAAGCGGAAUCGUGAGUACAUGGGUGGGCGCUACAUCGAAAUAUUUCCUGAGGAGAAUGCUGCUGCAAAGGUGAAGAACUCCCUGAAAGGCCGAGCCCAGGCCUGGCAAAGGCCCAGGAAGGAUGACGAGGAGGAGGAGGAUCUGUCUGAUUCGGGGAGGCUCUUUGUGAGGAACCUUCCCUACACCAGCACGGAGGAGGACCUGGAAGCAGUAUUCUCUAAAUAUGGGCCUCUCUCCGAGAUCCACUUUCCCAUUGACAGCCUGACCAAGAAGCCCAAGGGCUUUGCCUUUGUCACCUACAUGUUCCCCGAACACGCCCUGAAGGCCUUUGCUGGAGUGGAUGGGCAGGUUUUCCAGGGCCGAAUGCUGCACGUCCUGCCUUCCACCUUCAAGAAGGGCGAAGCAGAGAGCUCUGAUGCUGGCCGGGGUUCUUCCUACAAGAAGCAGAAGGAGGCCAAGGACAAGGCCAGCAGCUGCAGCUCCCACAACUGGAACGCCUUGUUCAUGGGGACCAACGCUGUGGCGGACACCAUUGCCCAGAAAUAUGGCGCUGCCAAGAGCCGGGUGCUGGACCACGAGGGCAAGGGCAGCGUGGCAGUGAGGGUGGCGCUAGGCGAGACCGAACUCGUGCAGAAGGUCCGCCAGUUCCUGCUCGGACAUGGAGUGAGUCUGGAUGCCUUCAGUCAGGCUGCUGGCGAGCGCAGCAAGACCGUGAUCCUGGUGAAGAACUUGCCUGCCGGCACCACCGGGGCAGAGCUGGAAGAGGCCUUCGGGGCCCACGGCAGCCUCGGGCGGGUCCUGCUUCCUGAGGGAGGAGUGACCGCCAUUGUGGAGUUCCUGGAGCCCACGGAAGCCAAGAGGGCUUUCGCCAAGCUGGCCUACUCCAAGUUCCGGCACAUCCCUUUGUAUCUUGAAUGGGCACCCAUGGGGGUCUUCUCUGGCCCUGGAAAGAAACCGCCUCCGCGUCCAGGAAGCGAGGAGGAAAGCACAGAGCAGCCGGCGGCAGUUGGCUGUCAGGCUGAAGAGGCUAAAAUGGAGCUGGAAGAAGAGGAGGAGGAGGAGGAGAGCACUUCGGGAUGUACUCUCUUCAUAAAGAAUCUCAAUUUUGCCACCACAGAGGAAACUCUAAAGGAGGCUUUUUCCAAAGUGGGAGUUGUGAAGAGUUGCACUAUCUCAAAGAAGAAAAACAAAGCGGGAGCGCUGCUCUCCAUGGGCUUUGGAUUUGUGGAGUACAAAACGCCAGACCGUGCUCAGAGGGCCCUCAGGCAGCUGCAGGGUUGCUCAGUGGAUGGCCACCAGUUAGAAGUGAAGAUCUCAGAAAGAGCCAUCAGGGCGAAGGUGGCCUCGGCCCGCAAGAAGCAGGCCAGCGGGAAGCAGAAGAGCUCCAAGAUCUUGGUGCGCAACAUCCCCUUCCAGGCCACGGUGAAGGAGGUCAGAGAGCUUUUCAGCACCUUUGGAGAGCUGAAGACUGUUCGCCUGCCAAAGAAAAUGGUCGGAACGGGAAGGCAUCGUGGGUUUGGUUUUGUGGACUUCUUCACGAAGCAGGAUGCGAAGAGAGCUUUCAGCGCCUUGUGCCACAGUACCCACCUGUACGGCCGGAGGCUCGUCUUGGAGUGGGCGGAGACGGAGGAGACGGUGGAGGCCUUGAGGCGGAAGACAGCCAGCCACUUCCAUGACUCCCCCACAAAGAAGAAGCAGAAGCGGUCAGCUGUCCUAGAAGACAUCCUGGGGAAGCUGGAGGAGGGAGAAGGGGGUGAGGAGGAGGAGGAGGGCGACAGCAGCUAGGACCCCUGCCUGCCCCCAAGCCACAAGGUCAUUUGCAGGGUUUUCCCCGCGGGAGGCGUGCAGCCUGCUUCUCACCCUCCCCGUCUCUCCCCACCCCAGCUGAGAACUAAGAUGGCAAGGGGGGGCACCCCUUGAUCCCCGCCUGUGAAUGCGCCCCACCCCCGGCCCGAAGAAGAGCACCCUGGACAAACAGCGGGAAGGCAGCGCGGCUCAUCAGUUAGUGUCUUGGGAUCUCCCUCCUCUCUCCUGGCUGGAAUCCAGGCCUUGUUAAACCGGCAGAGGAAGCCACUCACUCCUCAGGAGUUCAGUGUGGCCUUUCUUGACAGCUUGUACAGUUUGGGGAAAUUGUUUACUUUUUCUUUAAAAGAAUCCUGUUGCUGAGGAACACAUCUAGA